CGGUGGCGCUGAUUGGUCCCGACGAGCCUGGCCCCGCCCUCCCGGAAGUGCCGCUCCGGCAGCAGCGCCCGGCGCAGGGUCCGGACGCCCCCACCGAAGCAGCGCGGGACCCCCCUCCUCGGGGCGGGGGCAGCGAGCCCCCCACCCUCCGAAACUCCGCUGCCACCCCCCGUGCGACCCCCCCCAGACCCCCCUAAGCCCUCCCAGAGCCCCCCCAGACCCCCCCAUGCCGCUGGGCCUGGGCCGCCGCAAGAAGCCGCCGCCGCUGGUGGAGAACGAGGAGGCGCGGGGGGGGCGCGGGGGGGCCCCGGGGGAGCCCGGGGGGGCCCCGGGGGGGGCGGCGGGGGGGCCGCCCCCCCCCGCGCUGCGGCCGCGGCUCGUGUUCCACACGCAGCUCGCCCACGGCAGCCCCACGGGCCGCGUCGAGGGCUUCAGCAACGUCCGCGAGCUCUACGGCAAAAUCGGGGAGGCCUUCGGCAUCCCCCCGGCUGAGGUGAUGUUCUGCACGCUCAACACGCCCAAGGUGGACAUGGAGAAGCUGCUGGGGGGGCAGAUCGGCCUCGAGGAUUUCAUCUUUGCCCACACCAAGGGCCGGCGCAAGGACGUGCAGGUGCUCAAGUCCGAGGAGGCGCUGGGGCUGACCAUCACCGACAACGGCGCCGGCUACGCCUUCAUCAAGCGCAUCCGCGAGGGCUCGGUCAUCGCGCGCAUCCCGCUCAUCGGCGUCGGGGACAUGAUCGAGGCCAUCGAUGGCCACAGCCUGGUGGGCGCGCGCCACUUCGAGGUGGCCCGGCUGCUGCAGGAGCUGCCCCGCGGGCACACCUUCGCCCUGCGCCUCACCGAGCCCCGGCGUGCCUUCGACAUGAUCGGAGCCCCGCUCGGGGGGCGGCCGGGGGGGGCCCCCCAGGCGGGCUCGGGCCGGGGGACGCUGCGGCUGCGCUCCAAGGGCCCCGCCACCGUCCAGGAGCAGCCCUCAGCCUUCGAGGAGCGAGCGGUGGCCAAGGUGGACGAUCUGCUGGAGAGUUACAUGGGCAUCCGGGACAGCGAGCUGGCCGCCACGAUGGUGGAGCUGGGCCGGGACGCGCGGGACCCCGACGCCCUGGCCGAGGCGCUGGACUCGCAGCUCGGGGACUUCGCCUUCCCCGACGAGUUCGUCUUCGACGUCUGGGGGGCCAUCGGGGACGCCAAGGUGGGGCGUUGUUAGAGCCCCCCGGGAUUGGGGACCCCCCCCAGGAGCGGGGACCCCCUGGCGCUGGGGGACCCCUUGCAACGAUCCCCCUGGGCGGGGCCCCCCAUGAUUGGGGA